CAAGAUGGCAAAACACACUGACCCAGAGUGAAGGGGCACCGCUCCCCCCAAUUUUGAAAUUGUUGCGCCCGUCCAGAGACCAGCACCACCGAUGCAACUGUGCCUUGAAGUCUUGGGUGCUUCUCAGUGGAGAGUGCCAUCAGGAGUGGAGCUGUGGUGAGAACCUGUGGAGUAGUGCAGCUCAGUGUCCCGCCGAACGUGGCCCCCAGUGCCUAAAGGUUAAGAGGGGCUCCCCUGGAGGCCCCCCGAUACCUCUUCUACAUGUUCAGCUCCACGCCAAGUAAGACAUCAGCACGCAAGGAUGACACAACAGCCAAGCUCUGAAUAACGAAGCGAUAACCCUCAUGCACCAAGCAGCGCCGGCCCAGGAAGGAAGAGGCCGCCAGAAGAAAGGACUGGAACCGGGACACGUUCUGCCGCUGCCGACGACGGAACCGCAGGCCUGAGGCCGCCCACCCGCAGAGAGCAGCGUUAUAAUCAUCUGAAGGAGCCCAGAGCCAGUGGAGGGGGGGGGGAUCCGUGGCUGUUGCUGACCUGUUCUGAACCCGAGCCCGCCAGAGCCCCGGUCCUAGUGUCCGCCCCGUUUCGGUCUCGUCUGGCGUCCGUCCCGCGGACCAAUGAUGUUUCGCGACCAGGUGGGAGUCCUGGCCGGCUGGUUCAAGGGGUGGAACGAGUGCGAGCAGACCGUGGCGCUGCUCUCCCUCCUCAAGCGGGUCAGCAAAACCCAGGCCCGCUUCCUGCAGCUCUGUCUGGAGCACUCUCUGGCGGAAUGCACUGAGCUGCACGUUCUAGAAGGAGAAGCCAACAAUCCAGUGGUCAUCAGCCAGUGGCAGGGCGAGACCAAAGAGCGGGUCAUCUCGCUGGUGCUGAGCCACCUGCCGCUGCUGAAGCCGGGCAACGCGGAGGCCAAGGGCGAGUACAUGCGCCUGCUGCCCAAGAUCCUGGCGCACACCAUCGAGCACGGGCGCCACCUGGAGGAGAGCCGCCAGCUGCUGUCCUACGCCCUCAUCCACCCCGCCACCUCCCUGGAGGACCGCUCCGCCCUGGCGCUCUGGCUCAACCACCUGGAGGAGCGGGCAGCGUCCAGGGGAGACUCGCUGGAGCGGGGGAGGGCGCAUCUCUACGCGCCGCACCACCAGCGCUACGGCUCGGACGACCGGCUCAACGGCUGGCAGGGCUCCCGGGACUCGGGGCUGGGCAGCUGGCAGCCGCCGCAGGGCUGCGAGAACGGACACCUCAGCCUGUACCCGUCCGCCUCCGUGCCCGCCACCAUCAACACCGUGGGCACCGGACCGGGCACCAACGCCAUCCUGUCUGGCGGGGGGCAGCACAGUCCCCUGAAGCGCUCCGUGUCUCUGACCCCUCCCAUGAGCGGGCCGUCCUGCCAGCCCCUGGGGCACGGCUGGCUGUCACAGGAGGACCUGCGCGCUCGCGGUGGCAUUGGUGGCGUUGGUGGCGUUGGCCUGGCGCCGGACCACGCGCCCCUCUCCCCCCAGAGCAGCGUGGCGUCCUCGGGCAGCGGCGGCAGUGAGCACCUGGACGAAGGCUCCGGACUGGCCGGACUGGCCGGAGUGGCGCUGCGCAGCAUCUUUCACCAGGAGGGGAGCGGUAUGCGGGAUGUGCCGGCGUGGCUGAAGAGUUUGCGUCUCCACAAGUACGCCGCCCUCUUCUCCACCAUGACGUACGACGAGAUGAUGUCACUGACUGAGGAGCAGCUGGAGUCACAGAAUGUCACCAAAGGGGCCAGACAUAAGAUCAUCAUCAGCAUCCAGAAGCUGAAGGAGAGGCAGAACAUGCUACGCUCCCUGGAAAAGGACGUUCUAGAGGGGGGGAACCUGCGCGCUCCACUGCAGGAACUCCACCAGAUGAUCCUGACGCCCAUCAAGUCCUUCAGCUCCGACGAGCCUUCCCAGCAUCCUCUGCUGGGGCCCGAGGGCAAGAGCGUUCUCCCCGGCUCUCACCUGGGUGGAGGAGAGGCAGAGUCCAGCACCACCAUCAUCUCCGAGGGGGACAUUCCUGGCCAGUUCACCCGGGUCAUGGGCAAAGUGUGUACACAGCUCCUGGUAUCCCGGUCGGAUGAGGAGAAUAUUAGCUCCUACCUGCAGCUCAUUGAUAAGUGCCUGAUUCAUGAGGCUUUUACAGAGACACAGAAGAAGCGCCUGUUGUCAUGGAAACAGCAGGUGCAGAAGCUGUUCCGCUCGUUUCCACGGAAAACUCUCCUGGACAUGGCAGGGUACCGCCAGCAGAGGAGCCGUGGGUUCGGCCAGUCCAGCUCCCUGCCGACGGCCGGCUGCGUGGGCAGUGGUGUGUCGGCGCGGCGGAAUCUGCGGCAGUUCGGAAUGCCGUCCCGGAGUCUUCCCGGGGCGCGGCUCGGCCUACUGGGCACCGCCGGACUCCUCGGACCCACGCCACGCAGCGCCAGCACCACGCCCACCGCACUCAAACAGGGGCGACAGGGUCUGUGGUUUGCCAACCCGGGCGGCAGUAACAGCAUGCCGAGUCGUAGUCACAGCUCGGUCCAGAGGACGCGCUCGCUGCCCGUACACACCAACCCCAACACCAUGGUCAUGUUCCAGCAGUCAGAUUCGCAGGUGCCCGUGACUGAGCCAGACAUCAACAACCGCUUGGAAUCUCUGUGUCUGAGUAUGACUGAACACGCUCUCGGAGAUGGCGUAGACCGGACUUCCACCAUCUGAGGGUGGCGAUGUGGAGACCCAGGAAGGCAGAGCUUCCCUGCCGGCCCGAGGCCGCGGGAAAGGUCACCCUGAAGUCACCCAGCCCAACCCCACCCAACCUGCAACACCGGCCAACCCCCAGCCACCCCCACCUGCACAUGCACAGCCCGCUAGCCAAUGGGAGAGGCAGAAGCCGGGAAGGGGGCGGAUCCAAUUAGUGCCAUUUUCAGUUGACAGAGGGAGAGAGAAAGAGAGAGAGAGAGAGAGAGAGAGAGAGAAAAGGAGAGAAAGAGGGAGAAUUCACUAAGGCCGGUUCCACCACCGUUAUGUCCACACUUGAAGCAUAUUCACACAUCAAGGCCUUUUUUUUUUUAAGAAAAAAGAGAAAAAAAAAGAAAAGUAAAAAAGUCACUUCACUCGUGUCAAAGGAAAGAGUGUGUAACCUAGACACCUGGACAUGAAACACCCUCAAAGAGCCUCGUGCUUUGGGCCACCGAUGUUUGACGUCCGAUGGUCAGUGUGUUGGAGGUCUGGACAUGCUGGACAAGGCGGUACGACCGUCAAGGGGGGG